GGGGCGCGAGGCGGAAUUGGGGUCCGCUCUAAGCUGCAGCCAGAGUAACCGUCUAAGAGAGGGGGGCGGUGCGAAAAAGCAGGCCACUUGCAUCGCCCCGGUUUGUACAUGUCUCUUUCCUCUCUUUGGGGCUGUGCAUCCAAAGGAAGGCGAGACGGGACUAAAUACAUUGAUUUGCACCAGUCACCGCGCUUCCUCCCGGGAAGACACACAUUUGUUAACGCUACUUGGUUGCAUGCGCGGGGCUUUUUCCCCCGCCUAAUCCCUCGCAGCCACUGAAUGCCCGUCGAACAAACUCCUGCUCCCUUCUACCACGAGUCCUGGACGGACUGAGGAAGAUUUUAAUUUUCUUUUCUUUUUUCCUUUGCUUUGUGGGAGGCGGCCUUUUUUUAAAGAGGUAUUUUUGGUUUUUUGCUGUGCCCUUCAAAGAAAACGAGAGACUUUCAGCAGUGGGCGUGCUGCUUUGCUGAAACACCUCGAGCUGGGAGAGGAGAGGGAGAAAGACUGAGCGAGCAAAGCACUUGUAAACUCCGGGGUGGGGGAAGAGGUGGAAAAGAGAGAGGCGAGAGACCUUGGAUUGGCGGUUGGCGGCGUUAAAAAAAGAAACUGUUUCUGCUUGGAGCCCGGCUUCUGUAACUAGACCCCCGGCGCAAAGUUGCGGGGGAAAGGCGGGCAGAAAGUCUGCCGGGCAGAGGAGAGCGGUGUGGAGCUACAACUACUUCCCAGAGGGAACCGUGCCUUAAGUAGCCGAAGGACGGCGCGCUCGCCAAGGGGGCUGUCGAGCGACGGGGAAAGUUGAGCGCCCGGUUUCAAGCUGGUGCCAAACUGAGCGCCGCCGCUUCCCCCGACUCCCGCCGCUGCUGCGCGCGCGAGCCGCCGAGAUGGUGCAGCAGACGAACAACGCGGAGAACACCGAGGCGCUCCUGGCCGGCGAAAGCUCCGACUCCGGGGCCAGCGUGGAGCUGGGCAUCGCCUCUUCGCCGACGCCGGGCUCGACGGCAUCGACGGGCGGCAAGGCGGACGACCCGAGCUGGUGCAAAACGCCCAGCGGACACAUCAAGCGGCCCAUGAAUGCCUUCAUGGUGUGGUCCCAGAUCGAGCGGCGGAAGAUCAUGGAGCAGUCGCCCGACAUGCAUAACGCCGAGAUCUCGAAGCGCUUGGGCAAGCGCUGGAAGCUGCUCAAGGACAGCGACAAGAUCCCGUUCAUCCGGGAGGCGGAGCGGCUGCGCCUCAAGCACAUGGCCGACUACCCCGACUACAAGUACCGGCCCAGGAAGAAGGUGAAGUCGGGCGCCAGCGCCUCCAAGCCGGGCGAGAAGAGCGGGGGCGGAGGGAGCGGCGGCGGCGGCGGGAACAGCAGCAGCUCAGGAGGAGCCGCCUCCGCUGCCAACUCCUCCAAAGUCGCCCUGAAAAAAGGCAGCAGCGCCGCCGCCAAGCUCUCGUCGAGUGGCGCCGGCGCGGGCAAGCCGCAUCCCAAACUCAGCCUGGGUGGCGGCAGCAAAGGCGCGCCUCCGUUCGCCGCCUCGGAGCAGCCGGCCGCCCUGCUGCCCCCGGAGCACCACUCUCUGUACAAAUCGCGCGCCGCCUCGCCGGGCUCCUCCUCGCCCUCGGGCGGCGGCAGCGCCAGGCACCUCCCGGAGAAGAAGGCCAAGCGCCUCUACCUCUUCUCACACGCUUCGCCCGGCGGCGCCGUGCCGGCGAGCCCCACGCUGAGCUCGUCGACGGAAGCCAGCGACCCGCUGAGCCUCUACGACGAAGCGGGCACCGCCGCGGGGACCCCGCACGACGGCGCCGAACCCUUGGCUUCGCCCUGCUCGCCGUCGGACCACCGCAGCUACACCAGCCUGCGGGCGCCCUCGCCGGCCCCGUCCACCUCGCACUCGUCGUCGUCGGGCUCCUCCUCCGCCUCGUGCGUUUCCUCCUCCUCGGACGACGAGUUCGAAGACGACCUGUUGGACCUGCACCCCAGCCCGGGCUUCGAUGGCAUGGCCCUGGGCAGCCUGAGCUCGUCGGUGCUCGACCGGGACCUGGAUUUUAACUUGGAGCCCGGCUCGGGCUCACACUUUGACUUCCCGGACUAUUGCACCCCGGAGGUAAGUGAGAUGAUCUCGGGGGACUGGCUCGAAUCCAGCAUUUCGAACCUGGUCUUCACGUACUGAGGGGGGUCGAAGGUGGAGAUAGAAAGAGAAGAGAGAA